AACACCCUGUGUGCAAACACUUUCACUUGCUUAGGUUCUUCCUAAUAGCUUCCUCCUGCAUUUUGAAUCAGACUGCUGUUGUGAGGGAGGGAGAUGGUGCUGUGUGCAGGUUUUUGUUGUAAGUUGUUUCUGGAGGAGUGUCCAAAGUAAGCACAGGAUAAAGUGCCAAAUUAAACCAAGGUCCAACCGAAUGCACCACGCAAAGACUUGUGGCCUAAUGUAGGGAGCCAUUCAAGAUUCAAAACUUUUCUAUCAAUGGUAACAUGCUGAAAGUAACCAAUAUGUGGAUAUGCCUGAGGUUAGUUGUAUUUUACCUUAAGCAAAAAAAAAAAAAAGAGAUGUAAAGUGAAAAAUAAAACCAGAUGUGAAAUGUGGAAGACAUUCAGACCACCUUGACACCCAUAUUAAUGGAUGAAUAUUCUCAUAAUAUUUUCUUCAUGAAAAUGGUUUUCGUUCCUGCAUGUUCUGUUUUUUAUAAUGACCAGGUUAAAUUUUCAGUCUCUGCAAUGGACAGAACAAAUGAAGACUUUUAGAAAUAUAACCUUAGAUUUCUUUUAUAGGUUUGUUUUUUGGUUUUAUUGUAUUUUUUCUUUAAUAAUAAUCUUGAUCUAAAUGUUAGAUCUCAAGAUCUCAGCUAUGAAACUAUGAUGAAGUUCUUAAUACUUUCCUUUCCUGUACCUGGCUGCAAAACUAUAAAAACAAAUGGAACAGCUCUGCCAUAGGAAGGAGGGCAUCAAGAUGAAGUCUUCACUGAAAGUGUACCAGUAUCUCUGGAGUGGUACCCGCUGCUCACAGCAGCCUCAAUGACCACAUCUGGGAAUUUAAACACAGUAGACUGACUGCAUUUUCUUUGUGGUGCUGGGUAUAUGUGGCUUGUCAGUCGAUGCUUAUUGUGCUUGUGGGAGCUGUGCCUGAGUAUCAUAUAGACCAAGAAGGAAUUCCAGUGAACAGAGCUGAACUUGCCAAGCGUAUCCAUUUUGUGGACAACUUCACCUCUAUAGUAACUGAGUGGUACCUAAUCGAACAAGAAGCCUACAAAGUAAGCCUUGCAUCAUCCCUAUUUUUUGCUGGAUUGCUUAUUGGAAAUGUUACAUUUGGCCCCUUGUCAGACAAACUGGGCAGGAAACCAGUGUAUAUCUCAGGUCUACUUUUGGAUGUAAUUUUUGGAUAUGUCACAGCAUUAGCUCCGAGUUAUGACAUAUUUGCAGUUUCACGUUUUUUUGUUGGAAUUGUGAAUGGUGGAAUGGCUCUCGUGUCUUUUGUCCUAACACAAGAAUAUGUAGGAAAAUCAUUUUGGUCAUUUACAGGUUCAUUAACUAAUUUGACAUUUGCAGUUGGCAUUGCAGUUUAUGCUUUGCUGGGUUACUGUGUAAGAGAAUGGCGCUACCUUGCCUUGGUAUCGAAUACCCCAGGGGUCAUCUUCCUUCUUCUUUCUUUUAUGCUCCCAGAAUCACCACGAUGGUUGUAUUCCCAAGGGAAAAUGGAAGAAGCUGAAGAUGUAUUGCAAUAUAUUGCCCUUGGUAAUGGAAAAGAGAGAUUAAAUCUGAAAUUAAAACCAAAUGCAGGAACUUUCAGAAAGGAUGUAUCAGCACCUGGUAUCCUAAACUUAGUAAAACACCCUGUCCUUCGGUGGCAAACUGUCAUACUGAUGUACAUCUGGUAUGUCUGCAGCUUUGUGUACUAUGGACUAACUUUAAAUGCUGGUGAAUUAAGAGGAAAUCUGUAUUUAAAUGUGGCUCUUUCUGGUCUUGUGGAAGUUCCAGCAUUUCCUCUCUGCCUGUUUUUUAUUGAGAAAUCCUGGUCUGGAAGACGUAAAACUAUGACAUGUUUUCUGAUAUUUGCAGGAUUUGCCUGUAUAUUUACCAUGUUUGUACCAACAAAUGCAGGUCUGCUCUUCAGUUCUACUUUGUUAGCUUUGUGUGGAAAAAUGAUGGUCAGUGCUGCUUUCAACAUUUUGUAUAUUUAUACAUCUGAACUGUACCCAACAGUACUGAGAAAUGCUGGCUUGGGUAUCUGUUCCAUGUCUUGCAGAUUUGGAGGCAUUUUGGCUCCAUUUGUGCCCUCUAUGAAAUCUCUUAGUCAUUCUGUACCGUUUGUGGUGUUUGGAAUCACUGGACUGUCAGCGGGAUUCCUGACUCUCCUUCUGCCAGAAACACUGAAUAAGCCAAUUGCUGAAAGCAUUGAAGAUCUCCAGAGCCCCAAAUACCAAGUGCUUAAAAGUAAAAAGGCAGUGUUAGAAGAAAACACUUAAGUUUCAGAAGGCUUGUCUGUGAUGGAAAAUGCAGUGUCUAUUGAGAAGAUGCUCUAACGGUUGAAGAGCAGAUUCUUGCUCUAUGUAUCUGACAGGAAAUGUUGGGGCACUUGUGUAUAAUGCUGUUUGUAGCACGUUAAACAGUUCUAUGUGGAGGCAAAUUGAGAAGAUGGAAGAAGUUGAUCAAAGCUUGUGAGGAAAGAGAUGACAAAUUGGUGCAUUAAUGACUUGGCAUGCUGUAGAUGUUUGGACUUCUUUACAACUCCUUAAAAUGAAGCGUUAAUUUAUUUUACAAAAUGCAAUUGCUUGCUUCAGAUUAAGCUAUAAUGGCGUAAUUGAAGUUAUGUGUAUAAUUUAAAAUUUAGAUGGCCUUAUAUAUACAGGCAAGCUGUAAUCGUGAAAAGUAACAGCAUCCUGUAUAUACUAAUUUUCUCUACAGAUAUUUUUUUUUUCCUCUAAAUUACAGUAUACCUCACAGUGUGAAGAGACCAAAGAUUUCUAUAGGUUAUUUGCCUUAGUGUAUCUAGCAUAAGAAACCUGGAUAGGAAAUCUGAAAGGUGUAUAAACACAUUUUAUUGUGGGAGUAAAUAAUUUAAUACAGUUGUACAUGAAAACAUAUAUAAAGUUAAAAAUAAUACUAUAUUGGAAAAAUUAUGUCAGGUCUUUCAGAGGGACAUUUAAAGGAGAGAAUGAGUAACUUUUUAGGCAAAUUUAAUUGGCGUUGUAAAUGUGGAACUAGAAAUUACUGCGCAAGUCAUAUAUUGUGUAAAAAUAUGUAAUAAUAUGUAAUCAAAUACAUUUUGCAUAUGAGUUGGAAAUUGUUCCUGCAAGAGGGGAGGGUGUGUUUGGUUAACAGUUAAUACAUUUAUGUUGAAAUAGGUGCAUCAUAUGUUAUAGUUUUCUGAUAGGCAACAUAGUUUUGUUAUAAAAAAAAAAAAAAAUGUAACAUGGGUACUAUGAGUGCUUUUUCCAGGAUGUUUACCCAGGUGUUUUUGAAGACUACUUGUAUUAUUUUGAUUUUGGCUCCCUAUCUAAUGUGUCUGAUAGGAAAAGGUUAAUUAAAGUCCUCUCUAUUUUCAGCAAGUUCCAUAGUCAAAUAUUAGUUCUGUAAAUGAAUACGCACCCAUGCAAGUGUAUGUGCAUUUAUGCAUACAUGUAUGCACAAAUAAGCAGGUUGCUCUGCCAAGAUGUCUCAAAGAAAUCUGUGCUGUGUCUAUGCGUGCAGUUCAAAUGCCCUGAUAGGUUCCCAAGAGGUGACAAUCAGUUGGCAAUCAGAACAACUUUUAGAUAAUGCUGAUGUACAGGAGUAUUGCAUGUACAUUUAUUUAACCUCUGGGGCUGAAGCUUGAUGACAAACAACUUACAGAAUAUGCUGCAAACCCUUAUCUUCUGCUCAUUUAUUUAUUCAUCGUUUUUGUAAUUUUUCACUUUCAUGAGGAUUAGAAUUAAGUCUGUGAAUUUCCUUUUUCUGAAUAUUAAUGCCUUCCAUUGCAUGAAUAUUUAUGACCAUAGUAACUGAUUGUACCUCUUCAGAGGAUAAUUGGGUCAGCAGGGAUAUGGUAAAGAGCAAGUUUUGUUAUUGUUGACUUCAACUUUUGUUACAAGAAAUAAAACUUAAUAAGAAAUAGAAUGCUAUAAAGUUGUAUUCCCAAAGCAGAGAUAUGACUGGAAAGGAGGACUGUAAAGGUACCAUUAUGUGGUGGGAGUCUGUCUCCCUUCUGCCACAUGUUAUCAAACCGUAUCAUGACAUUUUCCCUCUGCAUUUUAUUUGAUGUCAUGUGAAAAAUGGGUAACAAAGAUAAUUUACAUUUUGAACAUCUUUAUUUCUGCUUUAUUUGACCUGGAAUUUUACCUAUGAUGACUUGCGUGAAUUCUGUGGAUUGAUAACCUGAAAACUGCCCCUGAAAAGAAGUUAAUGAUCUUUUCAUCAACUCUGGCAUUACUCAUGCUACCUGCAGCAAUUUUUGAGUGUAGGCUAGUGUGGAAGCUGGUUUGGUACUUUGUCUCCAAGAUCAAAAAAAGGAUACGGAUAGAAACAUUGACUUGUAUUUUUGCUUCUUUUCAAUUCAACACCUUGUUUGACUUUUAAGUUAUCUUUGCUGCAUUUUGCUAUUGCUGGCUAAAAAGAUGCAAUUUAGAAAAAAAAUAAAGUUGUUUGUUUGUUUGUUUUUUUCCAGUUACAUGUUUAGGAAAAAGGAAACUAUUUGCAGCUAUAUUAGAAUUUUUUCAGUUGGACUAAUGUGAUCAGUGCAUUAGGUCCUAAUGUUAAAAAGGUCCUAAAGUUAAAAAACCAGCUGUGUCAUUCAUUACUGUUAUAUGUCACAGCAAAUCAGAAAAGGCAGCAUUUUUUUUGCCAAAUAACUGCUUUUUGGAGUAGGUAUCUUAAAACUCUUAACUUUGUAGCGUUAGAAAUUCAUCACUUAGAGCAACUCUUUUUCCUAAUAUUUUUUUAAUGAAGACAAAGCAGUUUUAGGCAGGGAUGUCCUAAUAAAUUCUUUACUCAGUGUGGAACUAUUACCUAUUGCUUUCCAUUUCUCUGUGAAAAGAACAAAGGCAGCUGAGUUAAUUUAAGUGGUUUAAUUAUACACAUUAGGUCACAAUCACCAUCCUUAAGUACCACUUCUAGCUCUUCUCCUGUGCUUUAUUUGUGUGUAGAAACUUGAUUAUAAUUUUACAUCUGUACAGUUCAUCUGUUUGUGUUAGAACAAUGUCUUCAGUGCUCAAGCCCUUAGUUGUGAAAUUGCCUUUUUCUUUAUCUGUUUUUAAAUUGAAGACUUUUUACUUUUUAUCAGCAUUUGAGAUAAUCCUGCUGCUUUCUGGCUUUUAUGUUUUAGCUGCAAAUGUCACGGUUUAGAAAAAAAAAAGAAGAGUUGGCUGAUUUGCAGUGUUCUGAAAUACAUCUGUGAUACAGGUUGUUGAGAAGGGAAGUUUGAACUAAUUUAAGGUUUUUUUCAGUCCUUUCUGUUUUUCAUGUUUAAUCUUGCUGUAUUCUUCCUGAAGGAGUGCUGGGAUUGUUUUUUUGUCUUGGGUGCUAAGAGUGCUGAGCAGAGGCAAAGCUUGAACAUUCAUUUAUGCCACCUACGUUUUAAUGCCGUUUUCCUGUUACUGUACAAUAUUUCUCCUUUAAUUCUUGGUUACCUUUGCUUAAGGCCCAGUUUUUCCCAUAUCAGAGGAAGAAAAUAAAUUUUAAAUAGUCAAAAAUAUUUUUACAUUGUUGCUCCAGUUCAUGCUAUCUUUUGUAUUUUGUUUCACAUUUUGUGGUUCCACAGCUCUCCCAGUGACCCACUUGUUGCUGAGAAUCAGUGGGAAAUCAGCUGAAGAUACGUUUUCCUGGCUGGCAAAUAUCCUCUGCUUUAUUUUGUCAUCAGCCAGCAAUAUACACCCACACACUGUAUUAAAAAGCAGGUCAGGUAUAAAGGCAGGGCUUGAGUUCCUUUUCCUGGAAAGUAAAUUUUGCCCAAUAUUCAUGUCAAGCUCAGAUCUUUUUCAUUACCCCAUUUGAUGUUUCAUCAAAGCUGUUUCCUCCAUUGUUGGAGCACUGUAUGUUGUUGCUUGAAGGGAAGUCUAGGAAUUCAUUUUUAGAUUUUUAUCCUUUUUAAUCUGAGCAGAGUUAAGUACAAAUAAUCAUUUGCUUUGUUGACUAAUACUCUUAGCUAAGCAGCUGAGAAAGGAGGAGGUGAACUUUUCACACUACCAUCUGUAACCAGCUGGUUCUGCCAUUUAAUUUUUAGUUUGCUUGAGGCAAAUAACUGUAUCGUGUAUUACAGCAUGCAAGAGAUCUAAUUUUUUUUCCUUGCAGUGAGUUAUCUGCAGUUCAUUGGAAAGGUCAUCUUUUUCCUGUCACUUGCUACAGGAGAUGUAAAAUUUCCCAGAGAUGACUUAUGAUAGAUGCAAUCUUUCCAUUAGAGUUAAAUUUGUGAAAAUAGUGGACAGAUGUACAGCUAUAGGCAAGCUGUCUGCAAAUCUGGGAUGAUCUUUUAUCGUAGCACAAUUUCUUUAUACCAAGACUUCUGAAUCUGUGAAGAAAGGUUUGGGCUGUAAGGUGCAGUGGGAGAGCUGUCUGUGCUCACCUGAACAGAGUGGUAUACCAGAGUAGCUGGAGAUGUUUGUGAGGGAAAGGGAAUGUGGCUGAAGAGUAGCAGAGAUUUGGGAAUCAAACUGUUCCCAACUCCUGCAUACUUGUGACAUGAUCCUGAAUUACGCCAGCCUCAUUUUAACAUGAUAUUAGUUAUAGUACUUUCUAUACUAGAUACACUCCUGUUCCUCUGAUUAGUCUGCUGGUUUAGGAAACAAGCUAGGAUUGGGAAGAAUAAACCAGAAAACAAACAUGGUGCAGCAAUUUUGACAGCUUAUGUAAACACAGUAUGGCUCUGCCUGGACUGGUUUGACAGCGUGGUUUCCUACAGUGGUCCAAAGAUAUUUGAAACUGUGCAGGCUGAUGGCUUUCACUGAAGGAAGGAGUGCAUGAAACAGUGCUUUAGUGACAUCUUCCCAGGUAAUAGCAACAUAAUCAUGCUAAUGGCAGGUAAGGCUGAGUAGACUGGCCAGCUCUAACUUUUUCAACAACUUCAGUAACUUGUGCGGAAAAUUUUUGUAUUGGACUUUUGUCAGCCAAGUAGCAGUACUGCCAACAUUCUGUUGACUGUAUUUAAGUGUCCUUGUCAUGAAAGGCUCCAGGAAAAAACUGGUCAUUGCAUGUUAACUCUUUUUCAAAGAGAUUAUGCAUCUGCAAAUUUCUUGUUUGCCACAGCCUCACUUGCAUAAUUUUCUACCUUCCACUGUACUUCUUUUCCCUACUAUCCCAUCCACAGUGAUGCAGGGCAAGGUUGAAUCCUCAUCUCUGUGUACCAGCGUGCAAAGAAAAGAAAGAGGCUGCAGUAUAUUGCUAUCACACCUAAGGAAACUAGAAUCUCUACAUGAAAUGGAGUUACUCCAGAUGUAUCCAGGUUGAAAGAAAUUGCUAUUUCUUUUCACCAUACCAUAUUUCAUGGUUGGUCAGUUUUAUAAAUGUUGGUGUCAGUAUUCAGUGACAGCUGGCUCUGAAAACUGCUGCAGGAGAGCCUAGCAGCAGUGAUGUUACACUGUGCUCCCUCCACUAGUUUCUGUUGCAGCUCUGGACGUAUUUCAUCUGUUUCGAAUGCAAAUGCCUGAUCCUUUUUUAAGGCCUCCUGAUCUCUUGAUUUCAAGAAUAUAAUAUGACAGUUCACCAGUCAUUGCAUUAUGUUUGUUUCCCUUUAUUGUUUUAGAUUGGCUGCCUUUUGGCUCCAUUGGAGACACCAGUGAUAGAAAUGACAGCAAAUAGGGAUGCUUGACUUAAAGAUACACCCUGCAGUUUAAUGCUGUAUAUAUUAUAUUGUCUUUUUUUCUCCUGUUUUGAGAAUGUUCCAAUUAUUUCUCUGAAUGGACACUAUUCCAGAGUGUCUUAUUUUUGUAUCUGUGUGCCUUGAAAUGAGUAACCAAAUGGCUCAAAGUUCUUGUGUAAAGAAACUCCCUCACCAUGAGCCCAGUUUUACUUGUGUUAAGACCUGCUGAUAAGCCAGUAGCAUGGCCUCUGUGGGGAGUCGGAGUGGCUAGUCUGACUUGCAGGAGCGUGUCUGAGGGAAUUAUUGCCCAACCUUCCUUUUAACAAGAGGGGGGCUCUUCAAUGUUGAAUUCCUAAGCUGCUUUGAUGGGAUUUGAGGGACGUUUUCAGUGUUGAGAUUUCUGACUGAUUAACCCGUGGCUAUAGUGACCCAGAUGGUUGGGGUCAGAGCUGAAAAGCAGCUCCACCUCCUGCCCCCCUUGCUAUGCUCUCACCCCUCAGGGUAGCGGGCUGGGGUCAGCUGUCAACUAGGCUGGCCUGAUAGUGCAUCUUUUAUCAUUGCUGGUCUGCUCUGCUGCGCCAAAUUUCCGAGCUUUCCUGGGGGUUGAGCUUUUACAGAACAAUUUCUUGGUAUUUAGCUCCAGAGAAAGUUCUUUCUGCUGUGGUUUGCAGAGUUUGUCCCAGCUGUUGCAGCAUCCUUUGGGUGUAGAAAUGGAAGUACUCUUGUUGGAGCAAUGUGUGCUUCUGCACUGUACUGUGCUGCCUCAGGGGCCUUCUGGAUACAAGCAGUUGCAGGACUAGUUCAAUAAAAAUCUUGUAACCAGCAGCUUCUUUCUCUGAUCAGUUGCCUGCUUGAGGGGGUGAUCACUUCUCGUUAACUGGAGGGAAUUUUUUACAUUUGACCUGGUAGUUCUUAAAAACAAACAAACAAACCCAAAGCUAGCACAGGUGAAAAUGAAUUUUUGAAAUGAAAAAGCAAGGAAGAACUACAACUUAUGCAGCAGUUAGUCACCUCUGUUGAAGAAUAUCACACAAAAGUAAAACUGGCAGCAGGAGGGCUCCAGCACUCAUGGUCUUAAAUCACUAUGGAUCUGAUUUGACCGUUUAUUAUCUUUAAUCCUAGUGGUCUACCAGGAAGGAGGGAAAAUAAUUACUAAUGACAGAUUUUUAGUUAAAGUUAAUUUAUUGGUGGUGGAACUAAUUGUGUGGUCCAGGUGUUCAUCAGUUUAUCAAGACAAUAUUUAACUGUCAAAUGUUCUAAUUACAAUGUGGUUAAUUAAACAUGAUUAAACUGUUGGGUUUACAGAUAUACAACUAAUUAUACAUAAUUACACUUCUAGUGGGCUUAUCGUAUGCAUCAUGCAAGAUGUAUGUAAUUUUUAAUAGUUGCUUUUUGUAAGAUACUACUGUAUCUUUAUAUGUUAAUAUAUAGGUUUUGACGAUUUGCUGUGUUUUUAAGCUAGAAAUAUACUGUGAAAAAGUGUGAGAUACUGAAUUAACAGAUCAGUUAACAACCAUAAAAAUGGUGGGAGGUGGAAAGGAGGGGGACCUGCUCAGAAUUUGCAACUUGAACGCAUAAGUAUUGUAUGAAUUAAUAAAAGCUGGUAUUUCUUUAC